AUGCUGUCACCACCUGUUCCAUUGUCGACCGAAUCAAGCUUAUCGAGCCCAUGUCGCAAAAGGAAGCGAAGCGAUGUAGAAAGUACAGUUGCUUCUAGUACAUGGUCGUCGUCGCUAUUCUCGAGGAAGGCGAAGCAAAAUAUUGUGGAGCGAAAUGGUGGCGAGCAUUGUUGGCAUUGCGGUGCAGGAGCGCCACAUAUUGCCCAUGUAAUAGGCAGAGAAGACGGAUCGUUCCGCGACUAUGUUGCUUCCGGCCUCUUGACAUUUGAUCAUCUUGGAGAUGAGCAAAACGGUCUUCCCCUAUGUCCCUCUUGCCACCAGGCGUUCGACGAUCUCAACAAUCCAGGGCUGAUCUUCAUCCCGACCGCGCUGGACUAUUUCAUCGAUUUUGAGGUCAAGGAUUACCAAAGUCGAAUCGAAAUCGCACAACGGCAUGGUGACGUCCCUCGCCGAUUGGUCCCUACUCCACAAAUGUACUCCGAUUAUCUCAAAAGAGAAGGGCUCGUGUCUUCCGAGGCAGUCGGCGGCCUCUACUGUCGCUAUACCCUGCGGGACUUCUUCCCCAUACAUGUGGUCAAGAGCGCCAUACCGGGAUUGGGUCCGUUCCAAGAGCCAGGAUUGUGGUGUGGCGCCCCGAUGGCCGCACUUAGACGCGCCUUCCAGAUCAUCGGUAGCCUACAGUGGUGGGAAUCCCAGAACCUCAACUAG